CCUGUUCCGGCACUGCUCACCUCCUCGGCCCUCGCAGUGCUCGCCUCCUCGGCCCGUGCAGUGCUCGGCUCCUGGGUUCGCUCCCUGCUCGUGCCCCUCGGUCCCAGUAGCCCCAGCAGCUCCCCAGCAGCUCCCGGUAGCCCCCUCAGCAGCCCUCGGUAACCCCAGCAGCCCCCAGUAGCCCCCUCAUCACCCCAGCAGCUCCCCAGCAGCCCCAGCAGCAGCCCCCCCCCGGCAGCAGAGAUGACGGAGCGGACUCCUUUCGACACGGACGUGCUGACCCUGACCCGCUUCGUGAUGGAGGAGGGUCGGAAGGCCAAGGGCACGGGCGAGCUCACCCAGCUCCUCAACUCCCUCUGCACCGCCCUCAAGGCCAUCUCUACCGCCGUCCGGAAGGCCGGCAUCGCCCACCUGUACGGCAUCGCGGGGUCCACCAACGUGACGGGCGACCAGGUGAAGAAGCUGGACGUCCUCUCCAACGACCUGGUGGUCAACAUGCUCAAGUCCUCCUUCGCCACCUGCGUCCUCGUGUCCGAGGAGGACAAGAACGCCAUCAUCGUCGAGCCGGACAAGAGGGGAAAGUACGUGGUCUGCUUCGAUCCCCUGGACGGGUCCUCCAACAUCGACUGCCUGGUCUCCAUCGGCACCAUAUUCGGCAUCUACCGGAGGAGUUCGUCCGGAGAGCCCUCGGAGAAGGACGCCCUGCAGCCCGGGCGCAAUCUGGUGGCGGCCGGCUACGCGCUCUACGGCAGCGCCACCAUGUUGGUCUUGGCCAUGGACUGCGGCGUCAACUGCUUCAUGCUCGACCCGGCGAUCGGGGAGUUCAUCUUGGUCGACAAAGACGUGAAGAUCAAGAAGAAAGGGAAUAUCUACAGCCUCAACGAGGGCUACGCCACCUACUUCGAUGCGGCGGUCACCGAGUACCUCCGGAGGAAGAAGUUCCCCUCGGACGGCAGCGCCCCGUACGGGGCCCGCUACGUGGGCUCCAUGGUGGCCGACGUCCACCGCACCCUGGUCUACGGCGGCAUCUUCCUCUACCCGGCCAACGCCAAGAGCCCCAAGGGCAAGCUGCGGCUCCUGUACGAGUGCAACCCGAUGGCCUACGUCAUGGAGAAGGCGGGAGGGCUGGCCACCACCGGCGGCCAGGCCGUGCUGGACAUCGUCCCCACCGACAUCCACCAAAGGGCGCCCGUCGUCAUGGGUUCCCCGGACGACGUGCGGGAGUACAUGGACAUCUUCCGGAAGCAGGGGGGCAACUGACCGGCCCCCUCCGCCCCCCCCCCCGGCCCCCACCCCGCCCCGGGGGGCCGCACUGAGCCCGGGACCCCCUCCGGAACCCCCGUCCCCGUCGGGGGCUGAGAUCUCCCGGGAAGCAAUAAACGGAAGGGCGUCUUUCCACGAGGGCCGAAGCCCCGGCAGCC